CGCGCCUGCGCAGAGCCCGGCGUUUGUUUUCCCAGUCGCGCGGGAAGCGGCGUGCGGAGCGGAUCGCCUCGGGAGAUGCUGUGCUGAUGGCGUCCGGGAACGGCUCGGAUGCGCGGGAGCCGGCAGAGCCGGCGGCGGCGCCCGCAGCAGCAGAAACAGAGGAGGAGAUUGACCAGCGGGUGAAGAGGCGACGGCUUCAGUGCAUGGGGUUUGCGUUGGUGGCGAAAUGCGAAACCACGAUGGCCCACACCUUCCUGUCGGAGAACGACUGGCAGAUGGACAAAGCGCUGAGCGCCUACUUCGAACCGCCAGAGAACGACCCCGCAUGGCCUCGCCAGCCUCCGACGUCCUUCCAAUCCGAGACCUAUGUUGAUCUAACCAACGAGGAUUCAAAUGAAACCACCAUCUUAGAAACCAGUCCAUCUGAACCCCCUCUAGAAGACAGCAGCAUUAUCUCUUUCAUUACCUGGAAUAUUGACGGAUUAGAUGGAAGCAAUCUGCCAGAGAGGGCUCGAGGGGUGUGUUCUUACCUAGCUUUGUACAGUCCCGAUGUAGUAUUUCUACAGGAAGUUAUUCCUUCAUAUUGUGCCUACCUAAAGAAGAGAGCAAGCGGCUACAAAAUUAUCACAGGUAAUGAAGAAGGAUAUUUCACAGCUAUACUGUUGAAGAAAGGAAGAGUGAAAUUUAAAAGUCAAGAGAUUGUUCCGUUUCCAAAUACUAAGAUGAUGAGAAACCUUCUGUGUGUGAACGUGAGUGUGGGUGGAAAUGAAUUCUGCCUUAUGACGUCCCAUUUGGAGAGCACCAGAGAACAUUCUGCAGAACGAAUGAGUCAAUUAAAAACGGUUUUUCAGAAAAUGCAAGAAGCUCCAGAUUCAACUACUGUUCUAUUUGCAGGAGAUACAAAUUUAAGAGAUCAUGAAGUUAUCAAAUGUGGUGGUUUACCUGCCAAUGUUUUUGAUGCCUGGGAAUUUUUGGGCAAACCUAAGCAUUGCCAGUAUACAUGGGAUACGAGAAUAAAUACUAAUCUCAGGAUUCCUGCUGCUUAUAAGCAUCGCUUUGAUCGAAUAUUUUUCAGAGCAGAGGAGGGCCGCCUCAUUCCCCAAAGUUUGGACCUUGUUGGGUUGGAAAAACUGGACUGUGGUAGAUUUCCUAGUGAUCACUGGGGUCUCCUGUGCAACUUGAAUGUAGUAUUGUGAAAAGCUUUCCUAAUUUGAACUUACAUGUUUGCAGUAGUUCUGGAUUCAUGUAGAUCUCAAUCUUUCAGGAAAGCUAGGUAUAACACACAAGAAUUAGCAAACUGGUUCAUUAGUACAGCAAAAAGCGGUUAUAUUUUGCUUUGCAGCUUGUGUCCUGAGAAUUAAAAAUUGGUGUUUGUAAUCAAA